AUGACUUCAGACGAAAGCUUGACUACUGGAGGUCCAGUUAAGACAAACACGGAAAAUGUUGAAGAGAGAGCAUACUUAGACCUUUGUAAAGAUAUUAUUGAGCAAGGAGAAUUUAGAGCCGACAGAACAGGCACAGGCACAUAUAGUUUGUUUGCCCCAAAUCAACUACGCUUCAGCCUCCGGAAUGGCACCUUGCCACUUUUAACUACUAAACGAGUAUAUUUCAAAGGUGUCUUGGAAGAACUAUUAUGGUUUGUCAAAGGGUCUACUGAUUCGAAAUUGCUUUCUGACAGAGGCGUUCAUAUUUGGGAUGGCAAUGGAAGUCGAGAGUUUUUGGACAAGCGAGGACUAGAACACAGACGUGAGGGAGAUCUUGGACCCGUGUAUGGUUUCCAAUGGAGACAUUUUGGCGCCAAAUAUGAGGAUUGCGAUACUGAUUACUCUGGUAAAGGAGUAGAUCAACUGGCAGAAGUGAUACGAAAAAUCAAGGAGACACCAUAUGACAGACGAAUAAUCAUGUCAGCAUGGAAUCCCGCCGAUAUGAACGAUAUGGCUCUUCCACCUUGUCACGUAUUUUCUCAGUUUUAUGUAAGCUUCCGUAAUGGUAAGCCAGAGCUUUCUUGUCAGUUAUAUCAAAGAAGUUGUGAUAUGGGCUUGGGAGUGCCAUUUAAUAUUGCCUCUUAUGCUUUGUUAACGAAGAUGAUCGCUAAGGUUUGUGGAAUAGAAUGUGGUGAUUUUAUUCACACAAUGGGCGAUGCUCAUGUCUACGCAGACCAUGUUGAAGCGCUCAAAGUGCAAAUUGCGAGAACCCCUACAGACUUCCCUACUCUGCGCUUUGCAAGAGAUAUCACCGAUAUUGAUGAUUUCAAGUAUGAGGAUUUUGUUGUCGAAGGAUAUAAACCCCAAUCUAAGAUUGAGAUGAAAAUGUCGGUGUAA